AUGCAGCCCGCGAUGAUGAUGUUCUCCAGUAAAUACUGGGCCAGGAGAGGGCUCUCCCUCGACUCAGCCGUGCCCGGGGAGCACCCAGGACUCAGCAACCUGACACCAAACAGAGCCAAUUCUGGUAAAAAUGAUGAGAAGAAAGGGAAUAAAGGAAACGGCAAAAGUGAAUCAGUUUCUGAAAGCGGAAAGACAGCUGUAGUGUUUUCCUUGAAAAAUGAAGUUGGUGGAUUGGUGAAAGCUCUCAGACUCUUCCAGGAGAAGCAUGUGAGUAUGGUUCACAUUGAAUCAAGAAAAUCCAAGAGGAGGAAUUCAGAGGUAGAAAUUUUUGUGGACUUUGACUGCAGUAAGAAAGAAUUUAAUGAACUAAUUCAGUUGCUAAAGUUUCAGACUAACAUCGUAACUCUUAAUCCACCAGAAAACAUCUGGACUGAUGAAGACGAACUUGAUUGUGUCCCUUGGUUCCCCAGGAAGAUUGCUGAAUUAGACAAAUGCUCGCAGAGAGUUCUAAUGUAUGGCUCUGAGCUGGAUGCAGAUCACCCAGGAUUUAAGGACAAUGUAUAUCGACAGAGAAGAAAGUAUUUUGUGGAUGUUGCCAUGAGUUAUAAAUAUGGUCAACCCAUUCCCAGGGUGGAGUACACAGCCGAAGAAAUUAAAACUUGGGGGACAGUAUUCAGGGAACUCACUAAACUCUAUCCCACUCAUGCUUGUCGUGAAUAUUUAAAAAACUUCCCUUUGCUGACCAAGUACUGUGGAUAUAGAGAGGAUAAUGUACCCCAACUGGAAGAUGUUUCUAUUUUUCUUAAAGAAAGGUCUGGCUUCACAGUAAGACCAGUUGCUGGAUAUCUGUCUCCUCGAGAUUUUUUAGCAGGAUUAGCCUAUAGAGUUUUUCACUGCACUCAAUAUGUACGGCAUGGCUCUGAUCCUCUCUACACACCAGAACCAGAUACGUGCCAUGAACUCCUGGGGCAUGUGCCUCUACUUGCUGAUCCCAAGUUUGCCCAGUUUUCACAAGAAAUAGGACUGGCCUCACUGGGAGCAUCUGAUGAAGAAGUUCAGAAACUAGCUACUUGCUAUUUUUUUACUAUCGAAUUUGGCCUUUGCAAGCAAGAGGGACAGCUACGUGCUUACGGGGCAGGACUCCUGUCUUCUAUUGGCGAAUUAAAGCAUGCUUUGUCUGACAAGGCCAGUGUGAGAACAUUUGAUCCAAAGACUACUUGCUUGCAAGAAUGCCUUAUCACCACAUUUCAGGAAGCUUACUUUGUCUCAGAAAGUUUUGACGAAGCCAAAGAAAAGAUGAGGGACUUUGCAAAAUCAAUCAAUCGUCCCUUUUCAGUGUAUUUCAACCCAUACACGCAAAGCAUUGAAAUUCUGAAAGACACCAGAAGUAUAGAAAACGUUGUCCAGGACCUUCGGAGUGAUCUGAACACGGUGUGUGAUGCUUUAAGCAAAAUGAACAGAUAUUUGGGCAUUUAAUGUCCACUGCUUCUUCUAUGGCUAUGCUAUCAACAUCAUGUGCUCACAGUUUUAGAGCCAUCCAUCUUCCCUCUGCAGCUUGGUCAGUGACUUGCAUCAUUGUGUAGCUCUAAUUGUAACUUGCAGACGAAACAAGGCGAUGCUAACGUGAAAACUCAACAUGAAAUGUGGUGGCAUAUAACCAGCAAUUCCAUAAGAGAAUG